CAAAUAUUUACAUUGUAAAUUCACACAGGUUGUUUCAAUGUAUGGAUAAUUUUUUCACUACCAAAAGUAAAAUGCCGUUUACAUGUUAUUUUUGUAACAAAGUUAUUGAAAAUGAAACACAAGAAGGACACACAACAGUUUGCUCAAAAAUCCUUCAGCCUUGUCCAUACAAAUGUGGUUCAUAUGUAGCCAGAUGCGAUAUGCCAAGACAUAAAAGCGGUUGUAUAAACCAAUCACAAAAAUCCAUGCCAAAAUCUAGAAGCAAUGCCAAUCUAGACCUACUAGGACCUAUGAGCUUACCAACCACUCUAGAUAGAAAUUAUGGUAGGAACAUCGUGAUAACCAAUGCUGAAGUUCAUGAAAGUCGAGAACGGCAUAAUUCUUACAACUCCGUUGAGUUACCCCCUAUGAAAAGUUUUGACAAGCUUGUAAAUGCCUUUAAGCAGUUCGGUGCUGAGUUAAGUCAAGUUAAACAUCAAAACAGAGGGUUUUCACAGUGGAAGGCAGACACAGAAAUGUUGCUGAAUAAAUUACAAGACAGUUUUGCUUUUUAUCAAAGCUCCAAAAGCAAUUCAGACGCCACUUUGUAUAACGUACAAGAAAAAUUGAAAUUCUUGGAUGUGCUUCAAAUGAAUAUGAACAUACUGAGAGAUAACAUAGUUAGAGACCAAAAUUACACAAGGAAUUUAACGGAUAAUCUCACCAAAAAGUUCGAAGAACAAAUCGCAAACAUAAUGACAAUUAUUAAUCUACAUAAAGAUGACAAUUUGGAAGUAAAAGAAAAUAUAGACAGUCUAAAAAGUUCAGUAGAUGAAGUACGCUCAAAACUGACGAAUGUACUUUUUGACUUGAGAGCAACAAGUCAAAUCGCUUCAGGGACCGAGGAAAAAAUUGAAAUUAUGGAACGUGAAAAUUCUUUGCUGAGAAAAGAGAUUGAAGUGUUAAAAGGAGACGUGGAGAAUCUAAGUUCAACGCAAGAUAAGGAAUUUACUGUAGGAAGGUUAUUAUGGAAAGUUUCCAAUGUCAAGUCAAAGUUGCAGACCAGCAAAGAAACAAACUAUUACUAUAAGAGCCCCAUAUUUUAUUCACACGAAUAUGGAUACAAAAUAAGAUUGGUACUUUACCUGAACGGUUUAAAAAAAUGGCGGGACCGGAACACUUUGAUAUCCCUGGAAGUUCUCAAAGGAGAUUAUGAUUCUUUACUGAAAUGGCCAUGUCAAAUUGAGGGUAAUAUAAUUUUAAGGGACCAGGAAAACCUAGAUACUCCCAAAAACGUGGUAAAACAAAUUUUAACCAGGCUCGAAGGACCAGGGGAUGAAGCAGACGAACCACAGGAAUCGUCGUCUUCAUUUGUUUUCAUCACGCACGCUGUUUUGUUUCAGGAAAAGUAUACCAAGGACGACACGAUUUUUCUUGAUGUAGUGAUAAACCAAUUAAAAUAAGUUAUUUAUUAAAAUACAUAUAUAUACAUUUUUUAGUUUUUGUUUUAUUAGGCUUGAAUAGUUUUUUUCGCAGGGGGUGUGGGGUGUUCUUUUUUCUUUCCACUUGCACCGAAUAUAACUUUUUCAAGAAUUAUAAUUGGGGACUCAAACGCCAAACUCCAAACCAAUGCUACCAUUAGAGUUACAAUUAAGUAACCACACCAUAAAUAGAACUGAAACAAAAAUAUUUUUACCAAAAUGCAUUUUAAACUGGAAAACUCAUAUUACCUCUCUCCAGUCACUAAAAAUCUCCUUCUGCCUGAACAUCAUAACAUUAUGUGCUAUAACACUACCAUGCAUAAGGUACAUGCAGUAACUCAAUCUACUUCCAAAUUGCAGAAUCGGUCUGGUCAAAAUCCAGUUAACCACACCUCCAUAUCCAUGGAAACAUGAGUAUACGAUCCACGUGAGGCCCAAACACCAUAUGGGCCUCAUCAGGGAUUCAAUUACCGUUUUACCGGCGUAUGUACCAUUACCGAUGUAUAUCCAACCGUUUAAGUAAACUAGAACGUACAUAGAACCUAGAGCGAUGCACCAUAGUAAAAAGUUUUUCAGAUAUUUCUAAAAAAAUAAUAUUAUUUUUAAAUUUAAAAAAAGUUACACUGAGCGCGAAAAAAC